AUGACUGGAGCUGGCCCAAACUUCAAACGGGCGGACGUGGCUCUGGGUUUAAGGGGGGUUCAGGGGGGACAGGAGGGGCUGGGGGAGGGACCCGGGGGGGCGGAAAAGGCGCUGCGGAUAUACACUGUGUCGAAAGACGGCGCGCUGUUCUCGUGGUUCUUCGACCCGCUGCACAAGGGCUGGCGGAGGCGGAAGGGGAAGGGGCGCAGGGCCAGCAGGGGGGACCAGGGGGAUAAGGGGGUAAAGGUUUAUAAGAGGUCUAAGGAGGGGGAAGGCGGGGAGGUGGUAGAUGAUGGCGGGGAGGAUGGGGAUGAUGAGGAGGGGAAUGAGGAUAAGGAGGAGGGGGAGGAUGAUGAGGAGGAAAAUGAGGAGGAGAAUGAGGGGAAGGAUGUGAAGAAAGGAGAGAAAGGGAAGACGAAGGAAGGGGAGGAAGACGAAGAGGAAGAGGAAGAGGAGGAGGAGGAAGAAGAAGAAGAGGAGGAAGAGGAAGAGGAGAAAGGGGCUGAGGUGGAGGAGGAUGGUGAAAUGGAGAAGGAAGCAGAGAAGGACGACGAGGAGGAAGAUGAGGAAGAGGAGGAGGAGGAUGAGGAGGAAGUGGAGGAGGAGGAGGGGGAUAAGGAGGGGAAUGAGGAGGAGGGGGCAGAGGAGGAGGAGCAGCCAAGGAAGAGAACAAGGCUGGUAGAGAAGGCACCCACACCCGCCCAUGUCCGCCGGGACUUCCGAUUGGACGAGGGCAAGUGGCGCCUUGAGGCGAAACAUUUCUUCAUGCUGCCCAAGGCGCGCCUCACCUCCUGCGACCUGCACAAGCCCACCAAUCUCCUCGUCGCCGGCUUCUCCUCGGGCAUCUUUGGGCUUUACCAGCUGCCCGAGUUCGCCACGCUGCACCUCAUGUCCAUCUCCCGCACCAAAAUCUCCUCCGUCUCGUUCAACGAGGCGGGGGACUGGGUGGCAGUGGGCUGUGCGCGCCUGGGGCAGCUGCUGGUAUGGGAGUGGCGAUCGGAAACCUACGUGAUGAAGGUUCAGGGUCAUUUCUAUGAUGUUAGCUGUGUUGCGUUCUCUCCGGACGGCACCCGUGUGGUAACCGGGUCGGACGACGCCAAGGUGAAGGUCUGGAGCCUCGCAUCGGGGUUCUGCUUUGUAACACUCGCCGAGCACACCGGCCCGGUUACCGCCGUGGCAUUCCUCCCGUCCGGCGGCGCGGGGUCGGCAGCGGCCGCGGCGGCGGGCGGCGCGGGCGGCGGCGGGGGCGGCGGGGCGGUGGUGAGCGCGUCGCUGGACGGCACGGUGCGGGCGUUCGACCUCUUGCGGUACCGGUGCUUCCGCACUCUCACCACGCCGCAGCCCGUGCAGUUUGCGUCUCUGGCUGUGCACCCGUCGGGCGAGGUGGUGUGUGCGGCGAGUCAGGAUGACUUCCAGGUGUACGUGUGGAGCAUGCGCACGGGCCGGCUGCUGGACGUGCUGUCAGGGCACGAGGGGCCGGUUCACAGCCUCUCUUUCUCUCCCACGCAGGAACUGUUAGCAUCAGCAGCGUGGGACAGCACGUGUCGGCUGUGGGACGUGUUUGAGGCCAAGGGUGGCACAGAGCCCCUCCCGCACUCGCACGAGGUGCUCGCCCUCGCCUUCCGCCCGGACGGCCGCCAGCUGGCGACCGCCACGCUGGACGGCCACAUCCACCUGUGGGACCCCCUCGAGGGCGAGCUGCAGGGUAGCAUCGAGGGGCGGCGAGAUUUGGUUGGUGGGGCGGCGGCGGCGGGCGGCAAGGGCAGCAAGUCCGCGCGGGGGGCGCUGCGGCUGGGGGAUAAGAGCUUUCGGAGUCUGUGUUACUCGGCGGAUGGGUGCUUUUUGCUGGCUGCUGGGACGAGCAGAUACGUUUGUCUGUAUGACGUGGCGGAGAUGGUGAGUGAGUGGUGCUGUGCGCUGCUGCUGCGGCGCUACCUGAUAACGAGCAACAAGUCUCUCUCAGGCGCCAUGGACUCGCUCAACCCGCACCGCAUGACGGACGCAGGCCCGCUCGACAUCCUCGAUAUAAGCGACUCUGAUUUGGACGACAACGACCUCGACGACUCGCACCGCCAGCGCCGCCACACGCUGCUUGGCUCCGACCUCCCCGGGGCGGCGAGAAACGGCAGCCAGCGCCGCCCGGAGAUCCGCGUGAAGGCAAUCCAAUUCUCGCCGACCGGGCAGUCCUGGGCGGCGGCGACAACUGAGGGGCUGGUGGUGUUUGGGUUGGAUGAAGGGGUGGUGUUUGACCCGUCAGAUUUAGACAUGGAUGUUACGCCUGCGGCUGUAACGGCUGCUACAGCCGCUGGGCUGCAUGCCAGGGCGAUACAGAUGGCGCUGCGGCUGAAUGAGACGAAGCUGCUACAGGAUGCAAUGAUGGCGGUGCCGCCCGAGCGGCUGGGUGCAACAGUGUCGGCGCUGCCGAGGAAGCGGCUGGGGAAGGUGGUUGCGGCCGUGGCAGCAAUGCUUGAGGGACGACCUGAGCUGGAAUAUGUGCUGCUGUGGUGCAAGGGAGCACUGACUCACAUGCUCACCUCCUCCCUCAUACUCACCUCCUCCCUCAUACUCACCUCCUCCCUCAUACUCACCUCCUCCCUCAUACUCACCUCCUCCCUCAUACUCACCUCCUCCCUCAUACUCACCUCCUCCCUCAUACUCACCUCCUCCCUCGUGCUCACCUCCUCCCUCGUGCUCACCUCCUCCCUCGCGCCGGCACUUGUCUUAUCUCCUGGCAAGGCAUGUAUGGAGUUGGUCCUGCAACACGGCAAGGCUCUCGCCCUGCCGCCUGGCACGCCGGGGCGGGCAGCGCUGCGGCCGCCCAUGCAAGCGCUGUCAAGGGCGCUGACUCAGAUGCACGAUGACCUGGCGCUCUCCGCCUCGUCCAAUCAGCACCUCCUGCAGUACCUCGACUCGCUGCCCGCUUCCCCCGUUGCCACCAUGACUUCGUGA